AUGGCGUUUAACAACAGAAAGUUUUCCAUGAAUAGGUCCACUGGAGCUCCAAGAUUGUCGUCCAAGCCAAACAGAAGAUUCUCUACACAUGAUCCUUCUGCCAAUGAAAUGGACUCCAAGAUUCACAAGCAAUUUCGCAAUGCCCACGAAGGCCACAAAACUCACGCAGGACUUGAUCCAACCCGUGCCUCUACUGGUGUAGUCUGGUGUACUGAAAGAGCUUAUGAGCAUGGAUUUGCUGAGGAACCUGAGAAAUGGGCAAACCUGGGACAGGGAGCUCCUGAAGUCGACGACGAAAUCGCUGGUAGUUUCAAGCGUCCCGAGAGCAUCGAUAUUACAAUGGCAGGCAGAGAGUACGGUCCUACAGCUGGUAUUAAGAGUUUAAGAGCUGCCGUUGCAAACUUGUACAAUGUACAUCACAGAGAGGGCAAAGAAAGUCAAUAUACUUGGGAAAAUGUGUGCAUUGUUCCAGGUGGUCGUGCUGGAUUGAUCAGAAUUGCUGCAGUAUUGAAUAAUGCUUACUUGGGCUUUUUCAUUCCUGAUUAUACUGCAUACAAUGAGAUGUUGUCACUAUUCAAGAACUUUGCGGCAAUUCCAUCUCCUCUCUCUGGAGAAGACGGUUACCACAUUCACCCUAACAAAAUUGAGGAGGAGAUUUGUCGUGGUACCUCAGUUAUCUUGACUUCAAAUCCUAGAAAUCCUACCGGAAAGGUUGUCAAGAACCCUGAGCUUGCUGAAAUUCAAGAUAUCUGCAGAGACAGAGCCACUCUCAUUAUGGAUGAGUUCUAUGGAGGCUAUAACUACACUAGUAAUUGCGAUGGUACCACAAUCAGUGCCGCUGAGAAUGUUGGAAAUGUCGAUGAAGAUGAUGUUUUGAUCAUUGAUGGUCUCACCAAGCGCUUCAGAUUACCUGGAUGGAGAAUUGCGUGGAUUGUUGGACCAAAGGAAUUUAUCAAAGCCAUUGGCUCAUGUGGUUCAUACCUUGAUGGUGGUGCCAAUGUUCCUUUCCAAGAGGCUGCCAUUCCUAUGCUUGAGCCUAACAAGGUUAGAGAGGAAAUGAAGGCUCUGCAAAGUCAUUUCCGUGACAAGCGUGAUUAUGUUAUCAGCCGUCUUCGUGAAAUGGGUUUCAAGAUCAAGGAAGUACCUGACAGUACCUUCUACUUGUGGUUGGAUCUUGAAGGACUUCCGGCUGCAAUUUCCGACGGUCUUAACUUCUUCCAAGCAUGUCUUGAGGAGCGUGUCAUUGUCGUCCCAGGUAUCUUUUUCGACUUGAACCCAAGUAAGAGAAGAGAUUUGUUUGACAGUCCUUGUCACCAUUUUGUCAGAUUUUCCUACGGUCCAACUAUGGAAACCUUGAAAAUGGGAUUGGAUGGGAUUGAGAGAGUAGUUAAUAAAUUCACAAAGCCAGGAGAACCAUUAGAACAGGCAAUAGAAGAUGAAGAAGAAUAG